GGCACCAAACAUCUGUUCUUUUAGACCGGGCGACAAACGUCGACCCCUUUGAUACUUUGCUUUCGUUGAAAUUCAUUUUUGUGUUCUGAAAAUGAGCCAAGAUUAACUAGAAUGCAGCGUGACAAAGGCUCAUCCGGAUUUAAUGCCCGCAAGGGCAACCGUCCGCCUGGGCUUAGGGGCAAGGAAAUCGGACUGUACUACCGCAAUCUCACCCGGCAGCGCAAAAAGGAGCGUGGCGAGGAUGAAAACCCCAUAGAACCCAAAAUCCACCUGGGAUGCAAAGUCAGCGUGCCCAGUGGGGUUCUCGAACGCGUCAAGGAGUACAUGGAGGAAUAUAACCAAACACCGGCGAAGGAAAACUCCGAUGUCGACGGACAGUUCAAGCGUCAGUUUCGAUAUCUUCUGAGCGUCAACUUCGAGGAAUUCGUGGCGGAAACCAAGGAGGAGAACGAAGACGUUAGCUAUACGAAUCCCAAGCUGGACGAGAUGUUGCGGCAGGAGCUGGAGCAGCGCCAGCAGGAGGACGCGGCCAGGAAACGUCUCCAAGCACGUCAAAAACUUCCCACCAUGCGAUAUGCCAAUGACAUAGUUCAGGCCGUAAAGGAUAACCAGGUUAUUCUUGUUGUGGGAAGCACUGGCUGUGGCAAAACUACACAAGUACCUCAGAUCCUUCUCGAUGACGCCAUAUCCCGAGGCUGUGGAUCAGAAUGUCGGAUUAUUUGCACUCAACCUAGAAGGAUUUCGGCCAUAACCAUUGCCGAGUGGGUCAGCUACGAGCGCUGCGAGAGUCUCGGCUCAUCAGUUGGCUAUCAGAUCCGCCUGGAGAGCAGAAAGCCCCGCGAUAGGGCCUCCAUCACCUACUGCACCACGGGGGUGCUGCUGCAGCAACUCCAAUCGGAUCCGCUGAUGCACAAUUUAAGUGUCCUUAUUUUGGACGAGAUACACGAACGCAGCGUGGAAACGGAUUUGCUUAUGGGUUUGCUGAAGGUAAUCCUGCCGCACCGGCCCGAACUGAAGGUGAUCCUGAUGAGCGCCACAGUGCGGGAGCAGGAUUUCUGCGAUUACUUCGGCAACUGUCCCAUGUUUCGCAUUGAGGGCGUCAUGUUUCCUGUACGGAUGCUAUACCUGGAGGAUGUCCUGGCCGUGACCAACUACGAGUUCGGCAACUCCCAUGACCGUCGCCCCAAGCGCUGUCGUCCCGAGCAAAAGAUGCAGCAUCAGGCAAUGAUAGAACCGUAUUUGCGACGCAUCAGGAACUCAUACGACAGUCGCGUCCUUGAGAAACUGCGCCUGCCAGAGUCGGAAGGGUGCGAGGACCUGGAUUUUAUUGCUCAUCUCGUGUACUACAUCUGUGAAAACGAGCCGGAGGGUGCGAUCUUGGUGUUCCUGCCGGGCUAUGAUAAAAUCUCGCAGCUUUACAAUCUCCUGCAAAGUCCUCAGUCUCCCAAAGGACAGAGAUGGCGCGACAAUCUGGUGGUCUUUCCCCUGCAUUCCCUCAUGCAAUCGACGGAACAGAAGGCCGUUUUCCGUCAUCCGCCAUCGGGCAAGCGAAAAGUCAUCAUAUCCACCAUGAUUGCCGAGACUUCGGUGACCAUUGACGAUGUGGUAUAUGUCAUCAACUCUGGACGCACGAAAUCCACCAACUAUGAUAUAGAGACGAACAUACAGACCCUGGAGGAGGUAUGGGUGACCAAGGCGAAUACGCAACAGAGAAAGGGAAGAGCUGGUCGCGUGAGGCCGGGAAUCUGCUACAAUCUGUUUAGCCGCGCCAGGGAGGACCUAAUGGAGGAGAUUCCUACGCCGGAGAUACUGCGCUCGAAGCUGGAAUCGAUCAUUUUGAUUUUGAAGCUGCUGCACAUCGAUGAUCCGUACCGCUUUCUGCAAACCCUGAUCAAUGCCCCCAAUCCGGAGGCGAUCAGGAUUGGUGUGAACCUACUGAUGCGAAUUGAGGCUCUGGACAGUGCUGGCAUCCUUACACCGCUGGGCAUGCACUUGGCCAAGCUGCCGAUCGAUCCGCAAAUGGGUAAAAUGAUCCUGAUGUCGGCUCUCUUCUGUUGCUUGGAUCCAGUAACCUCAGCGGCGGCGGCCUUGUCCUUUAAAUCGCCCUUCUAUGCCCCGUUGGGUAAGGAGAGCCGGGUGGACGAGAUCAAGCGGAAAAUGGCACGCAAUAUGCGAAGUGACCACCUCCUGGUGCACAACACCAUCCAGGCCUACCGAGAGAGUCGCCACAUGCAUGCGGAACGCGACUUUUGCUACAAGAACUUUCUAAGCUCAACGACACUGAAUCAGCUGGAGGGAAUGAAGAAUCAGUUCAGCGAACUCCUCUACAACUACAAGUUUCUUACUUCUUCCAACUGCAAGGACAGCGCAUCCAACACAAAUUCGAGCAAGAUCCCUCUGCUAAGAGCUAUUAUAGGAGCGGGUCUCUACCCCAACAUGGCGCAUUUGCGGAAGUCCCGACAAAUCCGGAAUCGAGUACGGGCUAUUCACACCAUGGCCACGGAUGAUGGCCGCCGUGUCAACUUUCAUCCGUCGUCCGUGAACAGCGGCGAGAGUGGCUUCGAUUCGUCUUACUUUGUCUACUACCAGCGGCAAAAGUCCUCGAAUCUAUAUCUGCUCGACUCUACAAUGGUUUUUCCCAUGGCCCUGAUCAUCUUUGGCGAUGGCGUGGAGGCCGGCGUGACGCAAAAUACGCCUUAUUUGUGCGUGGCCAAGACUUAUUACUUUAAAUGCAAUCCGGAGACGGCCGAUGUUGUUUUGGAACUGCGAAGACAUCUGGGAAAGCUGCUGCUUAAGAAGGCCAUGUAUCCGGCGCCCAUCGAGGAGAACGGCUACGAAAGGCAGUUGAUCAAAGCCAUUGAAUUGCUCCUCUCGCUGGACGAAAGACUAGGCGAGGACUACAUUUCGUCCGAUGAAAUCGACGACAUCUAACUGCCACAUCUCAGCCUGGUUUACAUAGUUUAUUGUAUAGCUCUCGGUAAAAUCCACUUCGUGAAUGUUUUAGUAAUAAAUUAUAGGCGAUAAGCUAGUCAUGCAACAAGGA